UUCUUUUCCUAGCUCGUGCAGUGCAGUGCCUUCUCGACACUGUCAACAUGAUCUCCGGCAGAGCCCUGCACUAUGUGGUCCGAGUGCCUGACAGGAAAAAGACAAUCCAGUUCUACAGGGAUAUUCUGGGCAUGAAGGUCUUGCGCCAUGAGGAGUUCCGGGAAGGAUGUGCUGCCGCCUGUAACGGAGGCUAUGACAACCGCUGGAGUAAGACCAUGGUUGGUUACGGCCCUGAGGAUACCCACUUUGUAGUAGAAUUGACUUACAAUUACCUGGUUCGUGACUACAAACUUGGAAAUGACCUGGUGGGUUUGACUAUUAGAUCGAGUGAGGCUUUGAAAAGGGCAAGGGAAGCUAAGUGGCCUGUCAUCGAGGAGAAUGGCAAAUACAUCCUUCAAGCGCCAAUUGGGUACCGUAUGGUCAUCAUCGAUGAACCCCAACCAUCAGACAAGGACCCUGUUGAGAAAAUCUCACUAGCUGUGUCCAACCUGGAUAAAUCAAUUGAAUACUGGCAAGGAUUACUACAAAUGAAGGUUCUGAAAAAAUCCGAUAAGGCUGUUCAAUUGACUUAUGGUGAAAACCAAGCAGUUUUGGAGCUUUGUGACAUAGGCGCUCCCGUUGUACGUGAGACUGCAGGUGGCAGGAUUGCAUUUGCUGUACCUAUGGAUCAACAACCAACAAUUGAUGCAAUUAUUCAGAAAGCAAACCAGAAGAUUCUGACACCUCUUAUUUCCCUGGACACCCCUGGGAAGGCAACUGUCAGAGUGAUCAUUUUGGCUGACCCAGAUGGCCAUGAAAUUUGCUUCGUUGAUGAAGAAGGUUUCCGGCCGCUUUCUGCUGUGGAAGAUGAUGCAAAUGAGCAGAUUGAGAAAUGCAUUCGAGUGGAUAAAUCAGACAAGUUUAUUGGUGCCACACAGUAAUUCUGCUGGGCAGGCUUUUUUCACCACAUCCACACAAUUUGUUGUUGAACUGCAAUCUUUGCCACUAUUGAAAAUGAGGACCAAUUUUAUAUUAAUAUUAGGCUUUUGCUACUUUUCAGUAUUAAUGAAUGCAUAUGGUUAAUAAAACUGCAAUUGUAAA